AGUUGUGGAAUGCUCAUCAAACACGUAUUUGGAACAUCCCACAGGUGAACAGGCAAAUUGGGAACAGGUGGGUGCCAUAAUUGGUUAUAAAAGUAGAUUCCAUGAAAUGCUCAGUCAUUCACAAACAAUAAUGGGGUGAGGGUCACCACUUUGUCAACAAAUGUGUGAGCAAAAUGUUGAACAGUUUAAGAAAAACCUUUCUCAACCAGCUAUUGCAAGGAAUUUAGGGAUUUCACCAUCUACGGUCCGUAAUAUCAUCAAAGGGUUCAGAGAAUCUGGAGAAAUCACUGCACGUAUGCAGCUAAGCCCGUGACCUUCGAUCCCUCAGGCUGUACUGCACCAACAAGCGACAUCAGUGUGUAAAGGAUAUCACCACAUGGGCUCAGGAACACUUCAGAAACCCACUGUCAGUAACUACAGUUGGUCGCUACAUCUGUAAGUGCAAGUUAAAACUCUCCUAUGCAAGGCGAAAAACGUUUAUCAACAACACCCAGAAACGCAGUCGGCUUCGCUGGGCCUGAGCUCAUCUAAGAUGGACUGAUACAAAGUGGAAAAAUGUUCUGUGGUCUGAUGAGUCCACACUUCAAAUUAUUUUUGGAAACUGUGGACGUUGUGUCCUCCGGACCAAAGAGGAAAAGAAUCAUCCAGAUUGUUAUAGGCGCAAAGUUGAAAAGCCAGCAUCUGUGAUGGUAUGGGGGUGUAUUAGUGCCCAAGACAUGGGUAACUUACACAUCUGUGAAAGCGCCAUUAAUGCUGAAAGGUACAUACAGGUUUUGGAGCAACAUAUGUUGCCAUCCAAGCAACGUUACCAUGAACGCCCCUGCUUAUUUCAGCAAGACAAUGCCAAGCCACGUGUUACAUCAACGUGGCUUCAUAGUAAAAGAGUGCGGGUACUAGACUGGCCUGCCUGUAGUCCAGACCUGUCUCCCAUUAAAAAUGUGUGGCGCAUUAUGAAGCCUAAAAUACCACAACGGAGACCCCGGACUGUUGAACAAUUUAAGCUGUACAUCAAGCAAGAAUGGGAAAGAAUUCCACCUGAGAAGCUUAAAAAAUGUGUCUCCUCAGUUUCCAAACGUUUACUGAGUGUUGUUAAAAGGAAAGGCCAUGUAACACAGUGGUGAACAUGCCCUUUCCCAACUACUUUGCCACGUGUUGCAGCCAUGAAAUUCUAAGUUAAUUAUUAUUUGCAGAAAAAAAAGUUUAUGAGUUUGAACAUCAAAUAUGUUGUUGUCUUUGUAGUGCAUUCAAUUGAAUAUGGGUUGAAAAGGAUUUGCAAAUCAUUGUAUUCCGUUUAUAUUUACAUCUAACACAAUUUCCCAACUCAUAUGGAAACGGGGUUUGUAUCUAUAAUGUUUGUAAAUUUUUGAGUGUCUGGAAUGAACUAUUGGAUUUAAAGUAUUUCUUAUGGGAAAAAUAUAUACCAGAUUCCAAAGGAAAAUUGAGGUACCACUGUACUUUUAAAUGUUAAUCAUUUGAGCCUUUGCGUGAACUAAUUAUGGGAUUUCACAAUGAGCAAUGUUGGAAAAAGAAUAUUUAAAGACAAAAUGCACAUGAAGCUAAGAACGGAUAUCAUAGCUACACUUACUAAGUCUUGCAGAUAUUUUAUUUGUACAGAUUUGCUGCGCACUGAAGAGAAAACUCCUUAAAAUAUGUUGAACUCCUGAACCUGUCAUGUCUAAUCUUGCUUCAGAACUAAGCAGUUUAUAUCAUGCGUCAUGUCAUGUGACUUCCUGUCCGUGUUCAACUCGUCAAUAAAACAUUUUAAUAUCUGUUUCUUGCGUUUUGAACCUGCGCGUGUUAAAUGUCAUUUUUCAUACUGUAUAUGUUUUUUUUUUGCAAUACUAAAAAUUGUUGAUGAAAGUCAAGACUGGCAGAAAAUGUAAUAAGUUGAUGGUAUACAGUAUGUCAAUGGUGGGCUAUUGUUUAUGUCAUCGUGCAAAGAGUGAACCCUCUUGCACCCUGUUUGGAAGCGAGAGAUGAACAAAAACACACAUGGACAUUGCAGUUUCUUUUAUCAUCCUAUUAUGUAUUUGCUGGGGUUUGUUUUCAUGUUGGGUAUCAACGUGGCGCGAAAAAUCCUGGACACAUUUUGAUAACAUUUUCAGGAAAUGUCGAUUUUGAGGGUAAUCCUAGUCCCAGCCUAAAUUCAGGAUUCUUCACUAAUGGGUAGUCUUUACUAAAAGGUUGUCACAAAGAGGGUUAAGGGCUUCAGCGCUCAUUUGCCGGACUAAAUCUAUCAUGAUGGACAGGGGAGCUGAAGAGGGCAAAGUGUGCCCACAUUCCUCUCAUUCAUUGUCCUCUGGCUGCAUCCAGCAUUCUACUGGGGCGUAGCCUUGUUGCCCUUAUCUCCAUGUUUUAUUUUGUCAAAAUUAUUGUGUGGGUUCUUUGUUUUUGCUUUGUGGCAUUCUUUUGAACCACUUCAUGCAUCCAUUAUAACAUAUUUCAGUAGUGUUUUUAGUAUACAUUUGUGUUUCAUUAGAUAUUUUCUAUCUGGCUCUCAAUGAAGGCGGACGCUUUCCCUUCCCUCACCCUUGUCACUCUUGCUUUUGCUUUUUUGUCUUGUCUUAAUUUUCUUGGAGCCUUUUUUUGCAGUGCUCUCCAAAAUCUUAAUGGAAUUGAUCCACUGGCCUCUUCACGAAAUUGAGAAGAUCUUCUAGAUGAGAAGCUCGGCUUCAGGGGAACUUGUCUGUCCUGGCGGAAUGUUUGUUGCUAGACACGCGGUGGACUCUUGGGAGAAGUGGAGUGUCGUGUGCCAGCUGAUUCUUUCAGUUGAGGACGUUGAAGACAUCUGCCUAUUUGGAACCAUCUGUUGAAUGACAAAUUGGAAGAUGCCGUUCAAGGUACCCCACAGCUGCCACAAAUGAUAGGACUCUGGGCACUCAGACAUUUGUGGUUUCUUGACUAAAUAGCAAAGAGGAUAACAUCUCAGAGAAGCUUUCCGCUCUGCAGGGCGAAAUUAGGAUUAAUUUGAGAGGCAGACUGGACAACUAGAGCUCACAAACCACUGGAAUGAGUUUGUUUGCCCUAACCAAAACAAUUCUUACUUACAAUUCCGCUUCUUCCGCAGUGGCCUUUGAAAGACACCUGGAAUGUUGGCAUCUAUUCAGUGGUGAAGAAUGGUGCGAAAUAACCUUGCAAGAAUAUAUCUGCAACCUAAUCAAUGUUUUGCUCUUCUUCGGCCAUCGUUGGUUGCGAGCUGGUGUGGCUCCGUUGCGGCUCCGUCGAUCUUCAUAGCACCGCCUGCUCUCACAAAGGAGGUGGAGGGGAUCAUUAAGCCCACAAGAGGAGAGACAUCGGAAAGAGAAGCAGCAGACGAGACCAAGAGGCCGAGAAGGAGAAAAUGCCGGAUUUCGCAGGCACCUGGAAGAUGAAAAGCAGCGAGAAUUUUGAGGAGUUGCUAAAAGCCCUGGGUGUGAAUGCCAUGCUGAGGAAGGUGGCCGUGGCGGCCGCCUCCAAGCCCCAUGUGGAGAUCAGACAGAACGGCGAGCAGUUCUACAUCAAGACCUCCACCACCGUUCGCACCACAGAGAUCAACUUCCACGUUGGCGAGGAAUUUCAUGAGGAGACGGUGGAUGGACGAAAGUGUAAGAGUCUGGCCACUUGGGAGACAGAAAACAAAAUGUUCUGCAAACAAACUCUCCUGAGUGGCAGUGGGCCCAAAACCUUUUGGACCAGAGAACUCCGAAGAGAUGAACUUAUAUUGACCAUCUUUAUGUCUUUGGUGGACAUGCGCUAAUUUUCAGGACUUAUGCAGAUCUCAAAAAAAGAUCAGCAAGUACCAGAAGACCUUCGGAGCCGACGACGUGGUGUGCACAAGGAUCUACGUUCGUGCCUAAGAGACAUUUUCAGCAACUCAUUCACAAAAUGCAUCAACAUUUCAGCACCUCAUAACCGCCAUGUCUUGUAUUGGGUUUUUUUAUCGCCAUAAAACACUUGUGUCUUCUCUUCUAUCCCUCAUUAUUUCAUGUUUUUCCCUUUGAAAGUGGAGAGAAUAGGGAAAGAAGAAUAUGUAUUUGUGUCUAUGAAGGAUAGUUUAAUAGAAAACAGCAGACUAACGCACAUGUACAUAAUAGAAGUCAACAGAGUAGAGAAUCCAACUUACUUCCACACUAAACAAGCUUGAAUAAAAAAAUAAACCAAAUUGCAA